CAGAGCACAGAGCACAGAGGCAUGGAUUCCGACGCUCAUCCAGCUUCAAUCUCGCGGCGCGCCACUUCUAACCGGCGGAACUUUGCCGUCGCCUUACGAUUCACGGCGUCUGUCCGAUCAGUUAUGCGUUUCCUUGGCUGUUGAUACAAAAUUUCAGUACAGGUUGCUUUUCGUAGAAGACAAAAUCGAGUGGGGAGGGGUAAAGAAUGGGGCAUUUGUCAUCAAUGUUCAAUGGAUUGGCAAGUUCAUUUUCAAUCAAGAGAAGGAAGAAAUCAAAAACCGAAGUAGAGAACUCUGAUGGAAGAUCAACAGUAGAAGCUAUGGCAAGAGAUUCAAAGAAGAACAACUUGAUAUUGAAAACAUCAGGCGUUGUAAAUGCUGUCGGAUCCAACAAUUUUGCUUCUGUUUUCACAAAGAGAGGCGAGAAGGGCGUGAGCCAAGACUGCUGCAUCGUUUGGGAGGAAUUCGGAUGCCAAAAGGACAUGAUGUUCUGUGGGAUAUUCGACGGUCAUGGUCCAUGGGGCCAUUUUGUGGCGAAGAAUGUUCGAGAGUCCAUGCCUGCAUCUCUUCUCCACAACUGGCAGGAGACACUGGUAGCAGCUACACUCGAUCCCAGCAUCGAAUUCACAGAUAAGCAGAGCCAUGGAUUCAACAUAUGGAAGCAUUCAUAUCUCAAGACAUGUGCCUCAGUCGAUCAAGAGCUGGAACAGCAUCGAAGGAUCGAUACAUUCUACAGCGGAACAACAGCCUUGACAGUUGUUAGGCAGGGAGAGUUUAUUUUCAUAGCGAAUGUCGGCGACUCGCGGGCCGUGUUGGCCACCGUUGGUGACGAUGACGAUAACUUGGUCGCGGUCCAGCUUACCGUCGAUUUCAAGCCCAAUCUACCUCAGGAAGCCGAGAGAAUAAUCCGUUGCAACGGACGCCUACAUUGUCUGGAAGACGAGCCCGGCGUUCAUCGAGUAUGGCUGCCGCACGAGGACUCUCCCGGGCUAGCUAUGUCGCGCGCCUUCGGGGACUUUUGCGUGAAGGAUUUCGGGCUCAUUUCGGUCCCUGAAGUCGUGCAGCGACGUAUAACUUGUAAAGACCAGUUCGUCAUGCUGGCGACAGACGGGGUUUGGGACGUGGUUUCGAAUGAAGAAGCUGUAGGGAUUGUCGCUGGGGCUCCUGACCGGGGGAAGUCGGCGAGGCUGGUGGUGGAGCGGGCGGCGCGGGCGUGGCGGAGGAAGAGGAAGAGCAUAGCUAUGGAUGAUAUAUCAGCCAUUGUUGUGUUCUUCCAUUCUUCUGAUUCAGCUGUUAUGGUUGGCGAAGGUCACCUUGUCGCUUCACUAAGGCUUUAUGUAAAACGGCGCGUAGAGUGCAGCGGCAAUUUGAUUCAGUUUCUCGAGAGAAUUCCAUCAAUGGCGACCACAAAUCUGGACUCCUUGCCGGAGGAGUGCCUGGCGCAGCUCAUAUCCUUCACUUCUCCGCGCGACGCCUGCCGCUCCUCGCUCGUUUCAGUGUUUUUCCGUCGCGCAACGGAUUCCGAUCUCGCCUGGGAGAAAUUUCUGCCGUCCGAUUACGAAGAAAUUAUCGCGACGGCGGUUUCUCCUGUGGAAUUCUCCUCUAAGAAGGAUUUGUUCCUCAAGCUUUCGGCGGUUCCUCUUCUAAUCGACGCCGGUAAAAAGGCAUUUUGGAUAGAGAGAGUGACAUACAAAAAAUGCUACAUGUUGAGCGCCAGAGACCUCUCCAUUGCCUGGUCUUCCAAUUCUCUCUUCUGGUGCUGGAAAUCCUUCGCCAAUUCCAGAUUUCCCCAAGUAGCAGAGCUAAUAAUGGUAUGGUGUCUACAAAUCAGUUGCAGAUUCAACACAAAAUUGCUAUCUCCAAACACUAUCUACACCGCAAACCUCAUUUUUCGGUUAGAAAAUCGCGCUUUCGGCUUGGACGCUGCGCCGCUUGAAGUCGAAAUCCGAUUUGGUAGUUACAGAACGCGACGCACAAUUUCAAUAACCGAAAAGCACUGCCAAGGAAGAGACGCCGUCGCGAGAGGCGAUGGAUGGAUGGAGCUGAAAUUGGGAGAAUUUUUCGUCAAUGGUAACGAAGAUGAUACCCAAGUGAAAAUGGAGCUGAAAGAAAUUGAAGGUACGCAUCUCAAAGGCGGAAUUGUUCUGCAAGGAAUUGAACUUAGGCCUAAUGCUCCAAUCCAAUAGCAUAAUGGGCCUAUUCGUUUUGCCCUGCUUAAGCCCAUUAAGAAUGCAUACAUUAGUUUUGGGCAAAACCAAAAUAUGAUCUGUAUAUACCAAUACUAAAGUGAAAUCUCUAAACAACAUUGAGGCAAAAUAUUAAUAUCA